AUCCGAAAAAAAGAAUAUGUGUCGAAGUUGUCGAUGACGAACCGGUACGAACAGUGCUAUGAGGAUCAGUCGAUUGAUGACCUUCGUGACGUUGUUAAAUUUACAGAUUGGAGCAUCGCACAACAUGACUGUGAUCUUAUUGAAGAGAUGACGAGGGAUCAAUCGGCUGAUCCUCUGUGGUUUAAAAUGCGUUUGGGUCGAGUCACAGCAUCAAUCUUCUCUCGUUGCGUCAAAACCAGCAUAGACAAUCCUUCGAAAUCUCUACUUAAUUCCAUAUUCACGGAAAACUCAGUUCAGAAUAUCCCAGCUUGCAUCUACGGCAAAGAACAUGAAUCAAAUGGCAUCAAGGAAGCUUUAAACGCAUUUAGGGCUAACAAACAUCGCAAUGUAAGUGGCAGGAACAGUGGAUUAGUAAUUUCGCCAAAACAUCCAUACCUUGCAGCCUCGCCGGACCACAUAAUUAGCUGUGAUUGCUGUGGGAUAGUCACGGUUGAGGUUAAGUGCCCUUUCAAAUCAGAUCAUUUGUCGAAAGAAGAAGGAAUUAACGUGUUGAUUAAUCGUAAACCUCAAUCAUCGGCAUACAUUAGGUCUAUUCCCGUACUUGCAGAAUUGCAGAAUUUCUGCAACUUCUGCAGAAUUCUGAAAAGUUACUUUUGUUGCAGAAAAGUACGGGAACGCUCUGCUGCCGAUUUCGUGCAGAAUUGCAGAAUUCUGCAGUACGGGAAUAGACCUAUUGUUCGCAAUAGUAAUGGUAGAUUAGCUAUGAAUCAUGAACAUCCCUAUUAUUAUCAGGUUCAAGCACAGAUUUUCCUUUGUGACGCUAACUACGGUUUUUUUGUUAUUUGGGCUCGACAAUUUUCAAUAUUUAUUAAAGUGACCAGGAAUAAUGAGUUUUUGGAAUCUAAUGCGAAGAAGGCUGAAGAUUUUUUUGAAAAAGUUAUUGGCCCUGAAAUCAUUGGACACUACUACACAUCGCGCAAAUAGUUAGUUCAGGAACAGUCAUAUUUUAUAAUAUUAAAAAUCAUUUGUCUGUACAAUAAACUUUGAAUUGAUCUCUCGAAUGCUGUAUAUUUAAUUUACUGUAAGUUGUUUUCUUAAACAGGUUGUAUUGGAAAAUUUAUUCAAAGUGAUAAAAAGCAAUUCACAAAUUUGUUAAAAAAAAUAAUUUUGUAAAAAAAAUCAUUUACUCCCAUAGUGCAAAUCCAAGCAAACGCAAAAAAGCCCCUCACUCGAUCGUUUUCGUGCUGAACACAUCUGUCAAAUAAACCCGCAAUCAAAACAAAAAAAAAGAAAAACCUCACACGUAAGAAAAGGCUCCGUGACUUGCUCGAUCUAUAUUCACAAGAAUAAUUGAGACUCCUCGAUACAAACAACGUUAUCCGUCAGUAACGGUGCUGGAAAAUAUAUUUUCCAUUGUUGUGGAAGUAGCUGGACAAGCCCGCAGAUACGAACGGAUUGAACGGGUGAGGAACUCAGUGCUCGGAAAAGUCACCAGGCCACGGGACAUUGAAGAAUACGUGCGACCAGCAGGCCAUGAAGAAUCCUUGGGACCUAGGGAUGUACUUGGUGCCAUUCCCGAAAAAUAGCCCAGUAGAAACCUCGGUGACGUUAGCCCGACGCUUCGCGGGACAUGCCCGACAGGCAGUGCGGUUCAGGUGUUGCGUGGAGCAAGAUUUUCAAAUCUUUUCGUGCUUUUU